AUGGAUUGGGAGAGCUUCGGUAUUGAUCCUAGACUCUGCGAUGCACUGCGAAACCUUGGCUUAUAUGAGGCACUACCUAUACAAAAACUUGCAAUACCCGAGGCCUUAGCACACAAUGAUAUCCUCUGCCAGAGUUUUACGGGUAGCGGGAAGACUGUCAUAUAUCUCACCGCCAUUCUUCAUCGCAUUCUUCAGGGGCGCUCUAGGAGUGUUAAGCCAAUGGCCGCCAUAACGGCCCUCAUAGUGGUCCCCACACGUGAGCUCUGUCGCCAGCUCGAGGAGGUCCUACUUGCCAUAAUAAAGGAGUUUUCAAGCAACGCAUUUACUGUCACCUGCGCAGCGAUUUAUCUUGGAGAAAAUUCUUCUGCAGAAGCAAUUACUCUGCGGUCUAUGCCAGAGAUCCUCAUCUCCACUCCAUCUUUGGUUAUGAACCUUAUCAAAGACAGCAAGAUCUCUCUCAAGAACAUCGUCCAGUUUGUAUGCGAUGAGGCAGACUUGAUCUUUGACAUGGACUACGGUCCCGAUCUAGAGGCUCUCCUCGAAUAUUUGCCCGCGUCAGCUCAGAAGUUCUUUCUUUCAGCAACCCUUGACCAAAAACUGGAGAACAUAGUCAAUCUACAUUUACGAUCGCCAAAGCUUAUCAAGCUAGAGGAGACGGAGCAAAAGCUCCUUACACAGCCAGUCCAACAUCUAAUAUCUCUAGACACAACAGAGAAAAAAUACAUGCUAAUAUAUGCCCUUGUCAAGCUGCAAAUUCUUCGCGGAUACAUUGUGAUCUUUGUCAACUCUGUCACUACAGCGUACAAGCUUAAAUUGUUCUUGUACCGAUUCGGCCAGAAGGCAUUUCUUUAUAAUCCAGAGCUUCCUGUCUCGACUCGGCAAGCAGUCAUUGAAGGCUACAACCUUGGAGCAGAGUAUGUUCUUAUUGCGGUUGAUGACAGUAUCAGGGAUAGUGCCAAGGAUGAUACCAAAAGUGAUACCAAAGAUGGUACUAAAGCUUCUGAUAAUAAGGAAACUGAAGGUGUGCAAGAGGCAGAUAGUUCGAGCAUGGCAACAAAAGCUGCCGAGCAUGACCCUAGCACCCCAGCAGAGAAGCAAGCAUCAGCGCCAUCAGCCUCAAAGGAGGCCGGAAUUUUCAGAGGGCUGGACUUCACGAGAGUCGAUGUAGUGCUAAACUUCGACUGCCCAGUGUCUAGCAUAAACUAUAUCCAUAGAAUAGGCCGCACAGCGCGUGGCGCCAAUCCUUGCGGGCACGCUAUAACUAUUAUCCAUGAAGAUAGUAAGGAUAAUCGUGAUGUCGUCCUUGACGUAUUGCGGGCGCAGCGCGAAGAGUUUGGAAAAGAGCUCCUCGCACCAUUUCAGUUCAAUAUCCAAGCCCUGGAGAGCUUCCGCUACCGUGUUGUGGAUGUGCUGCAUGGACUAACACCCUCCGCCAUUAAGGAAUAUCGGCUUUCUGAGAUAAAGGCAGAGAUUUUGGCUUCAGAUUCCUUACGAAAGUACUUCAGCCAGCAGAGCAAAGAUAUGGCCCUGAUUAAACGGAUCAAAACGAACCCCCUCAUAGAAAGACAACGUCAGAUGACAAUGCACCUGAAAUUCGUCCCCUCUUAUUUACUUCCCAAUGCAGAGGGAAUACGCUCUACUUACCAGGGAAGUUUUGCAAUCGGGUCACACAAGACAGAGCGGAUGCGAAGAGCGGAUGCACGGGCAGCAAGGGCAAUGAAACAAGGGCUGGGCCCAGUGAGAAAGCCCAUGAUGCCUCGCAGAGGAAUCGGAAAGGGGCGUGGCAAAGGGAAACUAGCAGAACCCGUACGCAUUCCUACCAAAGAUAGUAGAUGGAAAAAGGCAAGAUGA